AUGGCGCUAGACGUUUUGAUCCUCAUAGUGCCUAUACCCCUACUUUUCAGCAAGGAGACCAUCAGCCAAACAAGAAAAGGGCUGCUUGGUUUGUUUUUUAUCGGAAUACUAAUCAAUGCAAUCGCUGCGUGGCGUAUAGUGGCCAACAAGGCGACAGAAGAUGAAGGCGCAGAUCCAAUGUGGAUCUUCCCACCCAUAAUACUCCUGGGAGAGACAGAAAACCGACUAUCACUAGCUUUGGCAUCGAUCCCAGUAUUCUGGCCCGUGGUCGCUAAGACUUGGCAAGCCCUGGGCAUCGUUGUCACCCACGAGAUUCAAAUUGAGAGGACUCAGCGACCUCCAGACGCAGGGGAAAUGGAUAGAACGGCCCUGGAACAUGCCAGUGUGGUGGCAAAUCGCGCGGCGACCGAGGAUGAGCCAAACAAGGCCGCAUUAGGACACCCGGCGCGACUAUCUGACGUGUGCGGGUACGAGAGGAAGCUGAUAAGCCCCUUUGCGGAGUCUGAAAGGAAGGGACAGUACCAGAGCAGCACCCAGGUGGUGUCUCUAAAUUAG